AUGGUGGGCAAUCUCAAAAUGGGAGCUUCGAACGCUGUGGUUGUUGCGCUGAGCGGUUGCUCUUCCAGCGGGAAAACAACGCUGGCUCGUCUAUUAAGGGACAUUUUCCCUAAUACCUUCAUCCUACACGAAGAUGACUUUUAUAAGCCUGAAUCUGAACUUCCGACCAAAAAUGGCCUCCUGGACUGGGACUGCGCUGAGGCCAUUUCUGUCCCUGACAUGAACAAGGCUCUCACUCAUAUCCGAGAAAACGGAACGUUUCCGGUACGUCGCCAACCCUUUGUGGACUCGAAAGAGGACCAGAACUCCGUUGGCAAAUGUCCAGUAUCGGAUGAGAAGAUAUCCGCUAUGAAGGCUAAAGUUGGGGCCUGGCUUCAACCUGGCCAGCCUGGCAACGCCAUCUUCACCGAGGGUAAACUGAGGAUAUGCCUCUUUGACGGUUUUCUCCUCUACUGCAAGGAGAUGGAGUCCACGAUGAGCCUCAUCGAUAUUAAGGUAUUUCUACUCGUAAGCCGAGCGAAGGCGACACAGAGACGCGAGGCGCGUGAUGGCUACGUUACCCUAGAGGGUUUCUGGAAAGAUCCCCCCGACUACGUGGACAAGAUUGUCUGGCCCAAUUACGCUGAGGCGCAUGCUUGGUUAUUUGAGAACGGUAACGUGGAAGGAGAGUUGAACCAGCGUGUAUUGCAAGAAACAGGCAUACAUGCGCAGGUCGGCAAAGGUCUAGACAUAGACAUGGAGACGACUUUGGAGUGGACUGUCGAUACCAUCAUGACGGAACUGGAGAAGCGUGCUUCAGGCAAGUUUUAG